AAGAAGGGCGGUGCGCGCGCGUCUGUCCCAUUGGCUGGCGCGGGGCCUCCCGAGCGAAGGAAGGAACGUUGCUCGCGUUCGGAGAGAGCGGCGGGGUGGCGGAGGAGGGCAGAGCCUCUGCCGGGACGAGCCUGGCUAGGGGCGCGCACACCGCGAGGCAGGCAGCUGAACGCAGCCGGCCUGCUCCGCCGUUGCUUGGACGCCGCCGACGCGCUCUCGCUCCAGGAACCACGCCAACUGCAGCAGCGGCGGCGGCAGCAGGACCCGGCGCCGCCGCUAUUAGCACAGUCGCCGCAGCCACGCCGGGACCGACUCGACGCCGACGCAGCCGCCUGCCGUGGGACGCCCGACCCAGGGCUAAGCCUAACCCCGGGUCCCCCCCACACCGGCUGCCGCUGCAGGAGCGAGCGAUGGAAAAGCGCCUGCACAACACAAGGCACGCCGCGAGGCAAGCACGAAACAGUGGCAAAGCCGGCAGCAGCAACGCCACCAACGCGACCAGCGGAGCAUCGUCGGCGACCGCCGAGAGGAUGACGAUCACCGCAACGACCACGUCGCCGAACUCCAAGGCGGCGAAUAAUUCGGCGCCGAGCCCACCGCCGGGGUCAGCGAGCCACCAACGAGAACAGACCGCGGUACCGACGUCGUCAUCCUCGCGGUACCGGCAGCACCAGCAGUCGGCCAAGCAGAGCGACUCCUCCGACGAAGACGACGACGACGAGGAAAUGGAAGACGACUCGGCGUCGCCGGCGCUAGCGACACCGACAUCGCCACCGUCGACGCCUAGUGACGCCUACGGCGGCCGCGGGAAGCGCUUUGUCGUCUGCUACGUCCGCCACGACGGCGUCGUCUGCUAGUCCGGAACAGAUGUACGAGGGCUUCCAGGCUUGGGCUCUGCGCACUUACGGCGACAGCGCCAAGACGAAGACGGUGACACGCAAGAAGUACCAGCGCAUCCUCAAGAUACUUAAGGGCGAGGAGCAGACCAGCGCCGAGAAUUCCAAGUUCCGUUUCUGGGUCAAAGCCAAGGGUUUCAAGAUGGGCCUGCCUCCGGGACACCCCCAGCAGACCGUCCACAAGGCGGCGCUCGCCGCCGCUGCGGCCAAGACGCCCCCCGAGCAACUGUUGUUUGUGCCGUGCAGUAAAGUGAAGAAGGGCGGCGAUGGUGAGACGACGGUAUACAAGCGAGUCGCUGUGGUCGAGAACUUCUUCGAGAUCAUCUAUGGCGUCCACGUCGAGAUGGACGGCCGAGGGGGAAAGCACGCUGGACAGAAAAGGACCUACAAGGCGAUCGCCGAGCUCUACGCCUUCCUGCCCCGCGAAGCGGUCACACACUUCCUGAUGUCCUGCUCCGACUGCCAGAAGAGGAUGCACCUCACCAACGGCGCGCUGAGCUCCAUCGCUCCCGUCGCAGCCGCAGCGAACGCCGUCGACUCUCCCGCCCACAACACCGGCGGCGUCCCAUCAACGCCCGCGGCACCGCCUCCAACGACAGCCGAGACGGCGUCGUCCUCCGGUUACCAGAGCAACAGCGCCAACGGCAACAACGCCGGCGGCGCCAGCUGUGGACCCGGAAGCAGAGGAGCCGGAAGCCCGUCCCGUGACGUCACUUCCAAGAGCGCCGCUGGCGCCACCGCGUCGCCGACGAGUUCCGCGGCAUCUUCGCCAGGGGGCGCCGCCGGCAGCGACGCGAGCGCUACCGCGGGGCGCGCGGUAGGCGCGCGAAUCGCGUCCGUGACGGCGGCCGAUCUCGACUUCAGCGUCCCCAUCACGACGGCCUACUUGAAACACAUGAGGAGUCUCGGCCUCUCCGACGAGGAUGCCUUCAACCCACGGGAGGACUCAACCCUGGGAAGCGACGAGCUGAGCGACGAUGAGGCGACGCCCAACUACGACGACGACGAAGAGGCGAGUCCCGACGCGGGCGUGGUAGACUCCAAGGAGACGUCGGCCGCGGGAGGAGGAGGAGACGCACACAUGACAGACGCCGCCUCGACGUCGACCAGAUCAGAGGACGUGGGCUCGGCGAAAGGCGGGUCACCCUCGGCUAGCCGGCGUCCCUGCCACGACGCAGGUCGCGUCGCAGACGAGGCCAUGGACACCCAGCAGCCGCUGAACAUGACCGCCAAGCCGGCGACGUCGUCGCUACCGGGCGGGUCUGGAUUCGCCGGCAGUGGUGCAUCUACGACGGGCGAGCACGGCUUCGCUGACCGAGGACAGAGUCCUCCGGCCGCCGAACCGGACGACCUGUCGGCCGGUACCAAGGACGAGGACGAGGAGGACGACGAUGAUGAGCAGGACAAGCUCGACAUCAGCUCCUACGACCCCGAGCGCCUCAAGGCUUUCAACAUGUUCGUGCGCCUCUUCGUGGACGAGAACCUGGACCGCAUGGUGCCCAUCUCUCGGCAGCCCAAGGAGAAGAUCCAGGCCAUCAUCGACUCGUGCAGCCGGCAGUUUCCCGAGUUCGCCGAGCGCGCCCGCAAGCGCAUCCGCACCUACCUCAAGUCCUGCCGCCGAACCAAGCGAACCCGAGACCUCAACGGGUGGGACGGUCGCACGGCAGUUCCUCACCUCACGUCCCCGCUUGCCGAGCAGAUCCUGGCGUCAGCAUGCGAGAACGAAACCAACAAUGCCAAGAGGAUGAGGCUCGGUCUCCAGCCGUUGCCGAUGGAGCUGGACAUCCCGGGCCGUUCCACGACCCCCGGCUACCACGUCACUGUCGGCGUGGGCGGACCCAGCGGUGCCGGUGCCGUGCUGACGGGCGUGCCGUCGUCUCUGUCGGUGAACAGCAGCGCUGCGUCCGUGACCAACAACGUGAGCAGCCAACUCAUCAGCCGGCUAACGGCGCCCAUCGUCACGAGCAACGCUUCGACGAACGGCCUGCUCGCCACGAGCUCCCCGGCGGCUCUGUCCUCGGUCACCGCGGGCUCUACCCUGACCGCAAGCAGUGCCGUGACCACAUCUGGCGUCGACGUGUCUGCUGUCUGCCCCUUCCACAUGCACCACCACCACCAGCAGCAGUUCCACCAGCACUUCACGACGGCCUCGGCAAACCCUUCUGUCGUGUCUUCGAACGGCAUCCUCACCUCUCCCGGAACGGUGACGUCGUCUUCUUCGUCGUCUUCGCCGGUGAACAGCUUCAUGAACGGGGUCACCGGAGCGGUGAGUCCGCACACUCCUCACACCCACCACCACCACAAGUGCUUCAACAACGUGUCGGCCACCAACGGUGUCGGGCUGGCGGCGGCGGCGGCGGUGACGGCGGCCACCGCCGCCAACGGUCACCACUACCACGUGCACCACAGGCACGCCGGCAGCCUGGGUGGGACCAGCGUCUCGUCUUCGUCGUGCAACAACAGCAACAACGGUCCGACCGACCUGAGCGUAAAGAAGUGCGUCGGCAACGGCGUGGACAGGCCGGCCAUGGCGUUGAAGUAUUCGCUCAACCCGAACGAGGUGAACGCCGUGAAGCAGCUCAUCGCGGGCUACCGGGAGUCGGCGGCCUUCCUGCUACGAUCCGCCGACGAACUGGAACAGCUGCUUCUCCAGCAGAACUAGGAACGUUGGCCAGAGCAACGGCGCACGCAGCAUCGCCUCAGGGAAACCUGCCGGCGAUUUGCGAGGAGGACAUCUUGUGUACAAACGACCCGACGGAAGUGUUUUGUCGGCUGUUUCGGGGACGUUACUCUACCCGUCUUCACUAACUCACAGUUUGCGAACAGCUGCCGUGGGACAGCUGCGUUGGGGACGGUUUGGCAAUCGACUAAGAGGAUCGGUGCGGUCUGUUUUUAGGUUACCGAGCGCGUCGUGUUAAGUGCAAGGGCCACCGGUUGCUGACGUGCUCAGGUACGGUGAUGUUCCGACUGCGCAGCCUUUCACCGACUCACCAAUUUUAUUUAGUCACUAUUCUCCACUAUUAUCGCUGUUUAGGACGCAACGACCAGUUAGUCGUUUUAUUGUUGCUGUCAUUGUUUGAUUUAUUGGGUGCAGUAUUGCGGAUACAUUCCAGCCGUUGUUUUUCUUCAAUUCUGCGUUUAGAAGUUCUCGAGGGUUUUCGAGCUCUAGAGCGGGCCAAGUUUGGAGCCUGCAUUUUCACUUCUGUUACCUGUGUCACUAGGCGUUUAAAUGUACGAGGCUUACCUUAUAUGUUGAUUGGUUUGUUCCAUUUUAGUGUCUAUCGCAUUUAGACACGCAUACGUUGUGGUGAUAUCGACCAAGCAGUGCAGGGAAUUUCCUUUGGUACUGAGCACCAUCUGAGUUGAGCACGAUUCAAGCCCAUGGCCCGGCGUGGGUCCAGACCAUUUCAUCGCCUCCUGAGACCAUAGCAACGCAGCCCACCGUUUUGAAGAGCUAUUGUGAUGUCACCAGCUCGGCUGACAACAUGUACAGAUAGCCUGCGACCUGGCUUUGUACAGAAAAUUGUGAGCACUGCCUUCAUUGUCCAUAUCCAGAGUUAACGCGUUGUCGGCACCUACGUCCCUGACAGCUAGACGGCGCUGGUGCCACAGCUUUGUACUCGUAGCAGUCUUAUAACGCAUCAGGGUGGUAUAGGAUUCCACGGGAUAGAAGCAAGUCAUAUCUCGCGUCAGCAUAUCUAGAGGCAUCUAGUCAAAACGAUCCUCUCUUGUAUACUCUGUACAGUUCGAGGUGUCUUUAUUGCCCUCCUAUUUUGUCAACAUAUCUCGCAGCGAGCUUGAUUGAGUUUAGAAGCUGGACGGAAGGUUGGCCGCAGGAUCCGCUACGGUACCGCUGCUGUGGUUCUCGCAUUUGCUUAUACUUCGUCGAUAGUGAUACCAACGCUGACGGUCGACGCAAAGUUCGAUACGAUGGAUAGCUGAAGCUAUGCAUUCAGAUAUGGGUGCGGGUUGCCGCAGCCGAACGUGUGUGUAACCUCAUUAAGAAACAUAAAGACUUAACCAAUAAUUGAUAAAUACUUUAAUGAACCGUCGGGAUUAACCCAGUUGUAAACACCGGGGCGGCGAUCUUUUUUUAAUGUACCGAUAAUCUUAUUCCGAUAGGCUACCGCAUCGAUCUGGCACUUUUUCGGGUCCGCUGCGCAUGCGCCAGCAACCAACUGCAUAGUUGCCCAGUUUAUUCGUACAUUUUACUCGGCACCUUACCAGAGUCGCCUUGACAGGUCUGUUUAACUCGAAAGUUGAAAAUUCUCCCGUGCGAAAUAUGCAUAUAAUGUUUGCUAUCGAUCAUUACUUCUUGCCGGUGCUUUCACGGAAGCGCAGGCGUCAUGGAGACCGCUUGCUUCGACAACAUCGAACCGCAGAGUUUAAUCAUGUUACAUGCGCACAGGGUUGGCGUGACCGAAUGAGUGAGAGAAGACGAAGCAGGGUAGAAUUCGCUGCGACUCCAGCGUUGCACGGGUCACUAAAGCAUCUGCAGACGAUCUCGUAUUUCACCAACCAUAACUCCAUUGCACCAGGUUCCUCUGGCGGCCAACUUCUGUACAGCUUCUUUGCUCUCAUGACGGCUCUUCUGUGCAAUGUUUAAGAGAAACUUCCAACUUUACGCCGGAAACGUAUAUUAAGCAGAAAGAUGAGCCUUAUUAGCGAUAGCAUUGGGCGAAGGUUCGCGUGUACGCGUCCUGUGAGCUGUGAAGUCUGUAGGUGUGGCACCGAGUUUAUCAUUAGCAUUGCAUUUCACUCGCAGUACAUGUCGCCACCUGGCCCUUCCAGCGUGUGAAGCGGCGAGCGUUCGUUUCAGUUUGAAAUGCGCGUGUGUUUUUUGGUGUGAUGUGCUAAUUUGGAAGGGCACGACCCGACGUCCGGAUUAUAUCUGUUCGUUGUAAUUGGUGUCGCGAUGGAUAGCGGUGCAUGCAUGCACUGUGAACGCACGCUGUAUGUGAGCCUCGAGUGCUGUGGAUUGCCCCCAGUGUGAGCUUUUGACUGCUAUCUGGUUUUCAGGUGUACGCGUGGGCGUGCGAAGUCACACCUAUUUGAAGCGUUAGCGUGACCCACUUCUCAAGCGAGUGGAAAUCGUUUUUCUUUUUUUUCUUGUUUGAUGAUAAUCAUAUCACAACGCGGCAGAUGCCGAAGAUGUUCGUUUAAACAUUCCGUUUUAAGUUGUCCGGCAAAUAGAUGCCUAUUUACUGGUAUUUUAAAGUUUAUCAUAUCACAUGUGUUUUUAGUGGAAGUUUUUUAUCAAGGUUGUGUUUUAGCGCCAGGCGAAUGCUGCUUGGCUGUUUUGGUGCCUCUUAUCACUUGCAUAUCAUUUUUUUUACUGGUGGAGACAAUUGAACCUAGUCACUUCGUUUUGUAUUCCAUUUACUCACAGACAUUCCUUAAGCAGCGUGUUAGUUGCUCAUUGAAAGUACAAAGCCAAUGAUCUCUGGUUAAGAGUUUUCAUAAAAACUAUGAGAAAUUUUUUUCAGGUAAUAUUGUCGUUUUCGUGAACAAGUGCAUUCGGCAUAUUUGAUAGUGGACCUAGUUUCUGUGGAGCGGAACACUCAUAGGUGUCCUUUCAUAAUACAGGAAAACGUUUAAGAAACCCGAUUACGAUUGUUGGACAAGAAUCGGCUCUUGCUGUGUAUAUGUAACGCUUAAAAUAUAAGUUAGAUUUAGCGGUAAGUUGAUAUUACUCGGGCUGUACUCCCCUUAAAAGACGCACGUUUCUGGCUUGCUGAAGCGAUAUGGAAGGUUUCACGGAAGCUGCAUUUUCUUCCUAUUGAUAAUUUGAAACCCACGUCCGUCGUGCGUCUCUGGUAAUUUUCCGUCGGAAAAAUCUAUUACAACUGCAGUUUAGUCUGCUCGAAAUCAUCCAGAAAUAUGUUUUCAUUAGCAUACUUCUGACUUUCCGAAUAGCCGGUUGAUGAUAGCGGGUCACAAGUUGCGGUUCGAGGUUUGACGUUCUUUCCGGAACACAUUUCCUUUAACGCAAGCUUGCUGACGUAUCUACAUGUUUUCUAAUAUCAGUAACUUCACUUUUAAAGAUGGAAACUUUGAUGUUACAUCUCGAGAGGCUGAGUUUUUGUUCAUAACGCGUGGAAACCAGAUGUAAGGCACUCGUUCUCUCUAAUGCAUAUAUGCAACAGCCUGAACUGAUGUCAGUGAUUGACUAGCGCAGCUUUUGCUUUAAAGAUGCCGAAUAGUUCCAAUUGUCUGCAAGUUCUUGUAAGAGCUAGGACGGCAAUGUUAAAACUUUCAGCAGCUUUCGGUUCGUCAAAGUCACUCAAUAUAUUUACUCCUCUAAGUCAUAUCAAACAGAUGACAUGCAAGAUGAUGUCAUAGUACCAUAUCGAAUGACCCUUUGAAACGCUGGGUAAGCAGGCCUAGUUUAGGAGCAGUUCUAAGGUUCCUUGCUUCACAUAUCACAUUCCAAGUUUAUUUACCGACGAAGUAAGUGUUUGCUCAUGAGCCUUAACAUAUUGGUGCGGAACCUAGUCGAUGGCGUGAGCCUAGUCAAAUCUACCAAAGAAGGUGGGGAAAAAAUGGGGGAAAAGGUAUAUCAUACCACGCGAGGUUAACGGCCUCGCAACUGUCAGUGGCAUUAUUUAAAAACACGAAGGAACGAGUUGCAAUCUACUGGUAUAAUUCAGUGCCCCGUGACGUGGCGCCAUGGAACGUCUCCCUCCAAAUGACGUCAGGUUGAAUGACUUCCUUCGGUGCCACAGAGAAAUAAUUUCAGUGAUUGCUUACUUGCAUAAUUUGUUUUCGUCAUUUUUUUAAUUUUCUUGUUUCGCACCAAGGUAUAGUCGAAAGUCCUUCAAAGCAUGGCCUCCUAAAUCUGCAGAUCUGCGCACCACCCGAUCUUCGAGGCUAUGUUCAACGCUUGGAGUUUUCUGCUAAACUUACUAGAGGGAACCCUGGCGCUGCGAUCAUUCAGCUGCCAUAGGAAUGAUGGGCAGGGUUUUCCUAUAACGGUUCGGAACCACUCACCUGCCCUCUCGCGUGAUUGGUCAGAAUUGCGUUUUUGAACAGGAGAGCUCCAUUCUGACCAAUCACGCGAUGGCAUGGAAACGUUUCGCUUUCCGAACCGUUAUGAGAUCGCGCCCCCCAGUAAUUCACGCGCAUUUGACCGAUCUUCGUAUUUGUGGUGUCAGUCUUUCUUGUGGCGUUACUUAUUACGCUUUAUCUUUCUCAACUUUCAAGCACUCAUAGUUAUCUAAACGCUGCGACGCAAUUAGUAUCCUCGCACAUGCGUAAGCAUUGGGAAUUGUAUUUAUAACUAAAUAUUUCAAUGAAGAUGACCAACUUGCAAGGCCGCAAAGUUGUUUGAAGCUGCAAAUACGCGCUUUAGCCAAAUUAAUGUACUGCCUGUCAUUCCCACGUUAAAUGAAUCGCCGUCCCAGCUUCCAUUAAAGCGCCAGAGGUCCCUGUAGUAUUUUUUUCUAGCAUGCUCCACGCUUCAAAGGGACUGCGUGGCAUUGUAGUGCGUCGAGGUUACUCCGGACCCAAUCCCGGUGCUUGGGCCUUUUUUUUUUUUCUUCAACACGGGCAACGAGGCAUUGUGAUGUGUAUGUGAGUGUGUGUGUGUGUGUGUGUGUCAGUGUGCGUGUUCAGUGGCGGGGCCGGUAGUGUGCAAUUGUCGCCAGCAGGACCAAUUAUUAUCGCGCCGAGAGCGCUUGUACCCGAGCUUCCUGCUCCGCCUCGCUUUUUGUGACGUGAAGAAGCAUUUAUCGAUUCUGUAUUUUUCUCUCGGCAGUCCGCCGUGAUCACCGCCGUCAUUUUUUCUUUUUUUUUCGUUCUACUUGUCAUUCGCUUACUGUGCGCCGGCUGCAAGUGUUUUGUUAGUAACUGUCGCUAGAUUUAAAUGCUCGAAAAAAACAUUCGAGAAAACGAGUGUUUAGGGUCUCUUCAGACGCCCUAGACUCACUUUCCUUUUAGGUUCACACGUAAACACUGCGUUAAGCCUGCUAUAGUUGGGGUACAGGCCUGGGUGUAUUAGUUUAAGCUCCUUUUACAUUGCCUCACAGUAUGAAAUGUCGACACUGCGACCUGUUUCUCAGUGGAAGAAUUCUUAUGACCCGUGCAAACGAAUCUGUGCGCCAAAAGUAAACAAUCUGUGUGUGGUGCAGCCUUUAAAAAUGAUAAAACACGGAUCUGUAGUGUUGACGACAAACCAUGCCAGUUUCUAACCACAAAAAAAAAAAAAAAAAAAAAAAAACGCGUGGUAAAAUUUCCGAUUUCCUUCUCAUAUUUGGCACACAUUUUGUACCGAAAAGAGCAGUGCAGUAGGGUUCCUGUUGAUCACAUUGAGCACGGAACGCACGAUUCGUAAAAGGGCUCCCUAAAUUCAUGCAAAUUUCAAUGUGACAAUGAAGCUAAUUGCUCAUUCUGGUGAGCACAGUCGUUUCCAAAUGUGAAAGCUUCAUGAAGCCGGGAGAGUACUGUAGCAGCUUCAAUACGCGGUACAAAAGUUCUGACCAUCUGGGCAGCUUCGGAUCGUUUUGAAACUAAACUGACAGUAUUCAAACGUUCGCCUUGUUCAUAAGCGCGUUUGAUGGAAAAAAGAAAGCAUCGCUUAGAACCGCUUGUGGGGCGUCCGAACAACUGAGCCGUCAGAGCCGUGAAAUUUGCCCCCGUGCUCUUUCUGCAAUGCAAAAUUAGUGUCUUCGUGCAACUAUAUGUCUCAUUACCAAACGACUUCUUCCUACUUUUUUUUUUUUAUCCGGAAUCUCUAGCAUUGUGAGGCUAAUACACAACCUGGGGCCUGAAUGCUGUAGUGCUUAUAUUAUUGUUCUCCUGCAGUUUUUAGAACCCAAGGCAUUCUUUCCCACUUCUUGUUGCUCACUUUUUUUUUUUUUUUUUUUUUUUUUUUUUUUUUUGCUCGGUGCAAUAGCGUUCACUGUUGUUUACUUCUAUGAGGUUACUAAAGUAGUAACGUUGUGUGCCACGACUUGUUCCAGGGGGCAAACUCACGAGACGCCUCGCAAAACGAAAUAAAAUCUAGAGACGUUCAAUCUGUCCGUAAAAGUGUUACAGUUUAUAGAGUACCGGAACAUCAGUGACGCGGACGGGUGCAGAACUUCUAGUGGCGCCAUCCGUUGAAGCUAAAGUACACAAAACUAUAAUUCCUCCUACCUGCUGUUGCAAAGGCGUCGCCAGCAACAAUAAUUAGCGUGUAGUCCAUUUUCUUCUUCUCUUCUUUUCCCUUUUGCGAGAAAAAUGACGGUACAUAAACAUAUUUCAAACUAGUUGAAGUUCAAGAAAGCGUCGCAAAAUGGCGCUCCUGACAGCAUUGACGUGAGCUUGGUGGCGCCACCCACCACCCCGUUUCAAAGGAGACGCUCAUAGCAUCCGUUCAUCCAUCCAACGUUUUUGUUGAUCCGGUAGUCCAUAAACGGCAAUACAUUUACGGCAGACUAUAACUAAUAAUAUUAAGGCAAACACGUGUGCCGCAAGCGGUCAUUUCGGUAACCAACGUUUUGCUAGACCAGAAUGGCGGUCGGUGUAAAAAUAUGUUCCAUUCAAACAGUCGCUCUCCUUUCUUUUCAAUGCAAUAGCAUUAAGAACUUGCAGCCGCGUGCAAAUGCGAUUGGUUAGUUUGGCUUUUCAGAAAGCGCUUAACGUGGCGCUUGCACUGACGGCUGUGAUAGUUUGAUUUCGUUGAGCGUUAUCUCGAGUGUGUGCAUGUCGUUGCUGUGUGGACACAGCUUCGUUGUGCUUAAUUUAUUGUACUUCGUUGUUUUACCCUGCCACGAGUCAGUAUGUGCUCGUUCCUCCGUACUGUUUGUUCAUUUCACUUGACACGAGUUGAUGAUCUGUCAGUGAAAAUGUUUUGAACUUUUUGUUUUCCUCCUUCAGUUCUAACAUAUCAUAAACCAGUGUCAAACGAGUCAAGUGGACUAUAUAUGUACAUACACAGAGGUAUAUGGACCCGGUGUGUUCUUGAAAUACAUUUUUUAUGCUCUGUC